AUGGCGCCGUGCGUGGCCGCGGCGGUGGCGCAGGGGGCGGGCCCGCGGCGCGGCGCCGGAGGAGGAAGUGGUGAGGUUGUUGCUCACUCAGCGCCUACCGCUGGCUCUUGGGGCGCAGAGAGGGGCCGCAGUCUCUGCGGCUGCGUCGCGCUCCCCUGCAGUCCCCUCCAUGUUCCCCGGCGCCACCACUCCCCUUCCUAAGGCCGCCGCUUACCCCGGGGUCUAUGGAAGUAAUGGAAGGACCCCUCAACCUGGCUCAUCAACAGAGCAGACGAGCAGAUCGUUUAUUAGCUGCAGGGAAAUACGAAGAGGCUAUUUCUUGUCACAAAAAGGCUGCAGCGUAUCUUUCUGAAGCCAUGAAGCUAACACAGUCUGAGCAGGCUCAUCUUUCACUGGAAUUGCAAAGGGAUAGCCAUAUGAAACAGCUCCUCCUCGUCCAAGAGAGAUGGAAAAGGGCCCAGCGUGAAGAAAGAUUGAAAGCCCAGCAGAACACAGAUAAGGAUGUAGCUGCCCAUCUUCAGGCAUCUCACAAACCCUCUGCAGAGGAUGCAGAGGGCCAGAGCCCCCUUUCUCAGAAGUACAGCCCUUCUAUGGAGAAAUGCCUGCCUGAGAUUCAGGGGAUCUUUGACAGGGAUCCAGACACACUACUAUAUUUACUUCAGCAAAAGAAUGAGCCAGCAGAGCCAUGUAUUGGAAGCAAAGCCCCAAAAGAUGAUAAAACAAUUAUAGAGGAGCAGGCAACCAAAAUUGCAGAUUUGAAGAGGCAUGUGGAGUUCCUUGUGGCUGAGAAUGAAAGAUUAAGGAAAGAAAAUAAACAACUAAAGGCUGAAAAGGCCAGACUUCUAAAAGGUCCAAUAGAAAAGGAGCUGGAUGUAGAUGCUGAUUUUGUAGAAACAUCAGAGUUAUGGAGCUUGCCACCACAUUCAGAAACUGCUACAGCCUCCUCAACCUGGCAGAAGUUCGCAGCAAAUACCGGGAAAGCCAAGGACAUUCCAAUCCCCAAUCUUCCUCCCUUGGAUUUUCCAUCUCCAGAACUUCCCCUUAUGGAGCUCUCUGAGGAUAUUCUGAAAGGAUUUAUGAGUAAUUAAAAUGGAAGGCCACAGAAAAGGGGAAAAGAGGAAAUAAUACAGUAAUCAUUAAUCCAGCAAAAAAAAAAAAAUGAAAAGGGAAAACCACAUAGAAGGGUCAUCCCGGAAAUGCUUCAUCUGGUGGACUGUGGGAGCAGAGGCAUUGCCAGGACUUGGGAAACAGUCACUGUGAAAUGCGCCGCAUAUCUCAUUCACUCACUUGAGCUAAUGAUUCCGACUUGGCAGACACUAAACUCAUGGAGGUUCGGUUUCUCCUGAUACAAACCAAAUGGCUACCUGGAAUAAUUUCUUUCAAGCAACAGUUAUUUUUCUUAUCUUCAGGGUUAAAAUGUAUAAAAGUUAUGUGUAAUUAAUCUGUAAUGCCAUAAAUGAUAAUGCAAAACCUAAAUAAUAUGGUGGCCAGAGGGGCUGCCUUAUAUUUGAAACAUGCUUUCUAUCAUGCAUUGACUGUAUGCAUUUUGUUAAUGCACAUUUUGUUUGUUUAAAUAAGGUGUGUAAGAUACACACCCUUCUAGAUGAAACUAUAUGUGCCACACUUUGCACUACUCAUAAUAACCUCAAGACUAUCAGAAGAAAUAUUUAAAUUUCCAUUUUAUGAAGAAAGGAACCAAAUUAUUAUGCUUUUUUAAAACAAAUUACCAGUUUACAUAAUUAAUCAGGGUGCAUUUUAAGUUCUAACUUUGUUUAUUGUAUAGUGCAUCAUUUGAAAAUACCAAGGAGGAAAUACCCUUUGUUUUUAAUGAUGCAAGAGUGGAAGUAAUGCUAGUUGGCAGUAUUUGAUUGUAAGAAACCAAUAAAGUAAUUGUGUUUUAUA